AUGGGAACGCUUGCGGGACACCUGCUUCCAGCCGUAGCCUUCCUCCUCUAUGCACUCUACUGUUCAGCGCUGCUGUCCCUGACUAUGCUACGGGGACAGAGGCUCCCCAAGCCACCUGUGUUCAUAAGAAAGAAGCACGGGCACAGGUGGCAGCAGGCAACAUACGAAGGAAUGGUGAAGGUGGUCAUGCCUCUCAUUGGCAUCACAUGUGAGUUAUUCUACCCCCCAGGGGUAAACCGGCUACCGAUGGUGGAUUGGAAGGACGCCGGGCGAUCGUUUAUUAACAAGGACAGCUGGCAGCACAUCACCAUGUAUUCGUUCUUUCUGACCAGCGGCGUGGUGGACAUUGUGAGCCACGCGUGCCUGGCCCGGCCGAGUCCGAAGCUGGAGCGAGCGGCUGAGGCGGCAGCUUUUUACGUGCUGGUGCUGCUGAUGUCGGCCCACGUUGAGAACAAGAGCGCCCUGGAGAUCCGCGUGCAUGCCCUCUUCAUGCUGCCCUGCUUCCUGGUAGCCCUGGUGCUCAGCGUUGAGAUCUGGGCCCCUGACCAGCCCCCACUCUGGGUGUUCAAGGCCUGGAUGGGGCUGGUGCUCAGCACUUGGUUGCUGCAGCUGUGUGUGAUAAUGUACGCGCCUCCCACCGGCCAGCCCUGGCGGGCAGACAACCCCACAGACCUGUCUUUCCUCACCUUCUUCUUCUGCUGGCACCUGGUUCUGGGGGCUGCCCUGCUGGCUGCCAUCUAUGGUCUCUGCAGUCUCUGGCACCACCGCUAUUCUUCCUGGACAGAGAGCCCGGGCGCCAGGUACCAGCCGUGUGCUGCCGAGCCCAGCAGUGAAGAACUGGAGAAGCUCCAGGCAGAGUCUGUCAUAUUUUGUUGGCCUCUGUUUCUUGUCACCAGUUUAGUCAAUUCCUUCAAAUCAUUAUCCAAUACUAUUCUGUGA